GCACAAGCAGCCAACAUGUCUGAUGUAAAGAAAAUGACGUCCAGCCGCAGGCAUCAUCUGAAGAGUUUGAUCCUUCAGAUCGCCGCCGGCUGGAUCGAGGAGGAGAACAAGGAGCUCAUCGCCGCCAAGGAGGCGUACAUGUCUGAGAACGCUCCGAACCCCGACCUGGGAGGAGACAUGGCCGCCCUGCAGGAGCUUUGCAAGAAGCUGCACCAGGCGCUGGAUAAGAUCGACGACUCGCGGUACGACGCUGAGUCCAAAGUGAAGAAGAGCAACUUAGAGAUUGAAGACCUGAAGAUGAAGGUGGUGGAUCUGGUUGGAGUGAAGAAACCCGCUCUGAAGAAAGUGCGCAUGUCUGCUGACGCCAUGCUGCAGGCUCUGCUGGGAGGAAAACACAAGGUGACCAUGGAUCUGAGGUCCAACCUGAAGCAGGUCAAGAAGGAGGUCAAAGAGGAGACGCCGGAAGCGCUGGAUUGGCGUAAGAACAUCGACGAUAAGGCCGACAGGAAGAAGAUGUUCGAGACUGGUGUGGAGAGAAAACACGCCACCAUGACUGAAAAAAAGAUGACCUCGAGCCGCAGGCAUGCCCUGAAGAGUUUGAUCCUCACCAUCGCGGCCAAGUGGCUCGACGAGGAGAAAGCUGCCGAUAUUGCGGCGAAGGAGGAGUACAUGACGGAGCAUUGCGUCAAACCCAGCAUGAGCGGGGACCAGGCUGCCCUCAUGGAAACAUGCAAGAAGCUGCACGCUCUGCUCGACAAGCUUGAUGAGGAGAGAUACGACCUGGCGUCCAAAGUGGGCAAAGCCGACAAAGAGAUUGAGGAUCUGAACAUUAAAGUGGUGGAUCUGAGAGGAGUGAAGAAGCCCGCUCUGAGGAAAGUGCGCAUGUCAGCUGACGCCAUGUUGAAGGCUCUUCUGGGGUCCAAACACAGCGUGAACAUGGACCUGAGAGCCAACCUGAAGCAGGUCAAGAAGGAGGUCAAAGAGGAGCCCCAAGAAGCUGCCGGCGACUGGCGUAAGAACGUUGAGGAUAAGGCCGACAGGAAGAAGAUGUUUGAGGCCACCUAAACGCUGCUCUGUGUCUGUAUUAUAUUUAUUAUAAAAUGAAUGUACGGUGUUGGUGGAAGUGACGGCUGAGCAGCGGCAGGUUAGAUCUGUCUGAGAGGAGGCGGCUCUCUGCAGGAAAAAAAGAGCUUUUUAAAGGAUUUUAUUUGUAUUUGUCUUUGUCUGAAUGGAGGCGGAGGAGGUUCACACACUAACACACACCAUAACAAGUCUUAACACAUUCAGUGGAACACACACUGAACAAUAAAAUCAAUGUGGAAGAGAA